AUGAUAAUACUAUUAACUAUACUGAAAUUUCUUAUAGGAAAAUAUACCAAUAAAUACAUAAAAGUAAUUAAAAAUAUAUGUAUAAAUAAUAUUAAGAAUUAUAUUUUUGAAGAAAUUGAAUUCAAUCAACUUUCCUUUAAUUGCUAUGAUAAUAUUAAAAAAUCAAAAAAUAAAAGAAAAGAAAAUAACAAUAACAACAAUGGAAAUUUUAAUGGUUCAGAAGAAAAGAUAAAUGACUAUUUAGUGUAUUUAAAUUCAUUAAAAAAAAAGAAAAAUGAUUUAUUAUUUAAUAUAUUUUAUAUAGGCAAAUUAGAAAUUGAUUGGAGUAACAAUUUUGACAAUGGUCUAACUGUAAGUGUUGAAAAUAUUUUUAUAAAUAUAAAAUUAACUGAAAAAAAAAAAUAUUCGAAUAAUUGUGUUAUAAUAAAAAAUAAUAUAAAAGAAUUAAAUAAUGGAGAAAAUAAUGUAACAGUAAAAAGUAAUUUUUUUUUUUCUACCUUUUUUUUCAUAACUUUAUGUAUGAGCAUCAUUAAAAAAAAUAUAUAUAAAUCUGUUAAUAUAUUUUUUAAAUACUUUAUCAGUAUUCUUACAAAAUUUAAUAUUUAUCAAUUUUUUAAAAAAGUGUUCUUUAGAUAUUUUUUAAAACAUUUUUUAUGCAUUGAUAUAAAUAACGUUAAUAUAAUUUUUGAAGACAGCUUAUUAGGAAAUCAGAAAAAUUUAUUUUUUUCUUUUUACAUUAAGAAUAUUCACGUAAAUAACUACAAUUAUAUUAAAAAUAUUAAAAAAGAAACAGCAAAACUAAGCUUUAAUAAUAGUAGUAAUGGAAAUGUUAAAACAAAUGAAAACAUAGAAAUAUUUAAAAUACUAAUAAAUAAAUUUAGUAUUUAUUUGGAUACGAGAAACCAACAUAUAAGUAAUAGCAAUAUUCAUCUAAAUAAAGCACAAUUCAAAUUUUUUUUUUAUUACAACAUUAAUAUUUUUCAUAAAGGAAAAUGCUUACUAGAAGAUUCGAAUGCUGUUUGCAUUAUAUCAAAAGAAAAGAAAAAAAAUAAGAAAUACCUAAUCAAUUUUUCUUUACCAUAUAUUAAUUUCAAUAUUUUAAAUGACAACUUGUAUAUAUUAUAUUUAUUUUUACAUAAAUAUUUAUAUAUAUUUCAAUUAAACAAGGAAUAUAGAAAGAAAAAGAAAUACUUAAAUUUAAAAGACAAAAACAUUAAUGCAAUUAAUAAAAAUUCAUGUUCGAAACAUUUUUCAUAUAAGAAUAAUUUCAUAUUUGAAAAAAGAAAAAAUUUUAUAUAUGUUAACAAAAGAGGUUACACAUAUAAUGGCAAAAGGAAAGCAUUGAAAAAAUAUAAAAAAAUAAAUAAAAAUAAUACCAAUAAUAAGACAAAUAAUGGAAAAGAAAAAGAAAUGGAUAAUGAAAUGAAUAAUAGUAAUUUUAGAAGAAAAAAAAGAAAAAGUUAUGAGAAUUAUAUACGAAGGUAUUUUGAAUUUGACAUAAAUAUAAAAAAAUUAAAAUUAAGUUACAUAUAUACUUAUUCUGACUAUAUGUUUUGUUCUUAUAAAAAUGUAAAUACUUCAUUUUGUAUUAUAGAGGAGCGUUCAAGAAAUAAAAAAAAAAAAGAAAAAACAUUUUACAUUUUAAAUGAUUUUAUAUUUUUAAUAGAUAAAUUUUUUAUGAUGGAAUCUUAUUCUCAGUCAUGUUUAUGUUUAGACAAAAGAAAUUAUGAGUUACUUAAUUUUUGUAAAAAAAACUCCUUUUUAAAAAAAGUUGAAUACAAUCUGAAUUAUGAAGAUUCUUUAUUGGAACAUUAUAGUGUAUUGAAUAAAAUGAAUAAAGAGAAUUAUAUUAGUAAAGAGAAAAAUAAUAAAUAUAGUUUAUUUAUACGAUUUAGUAAUAAAAAAAAUAUAAAAAAAAAUAUUUCUAUAAAUAUUCAAAGCAUUUAUUUUACUAUUGAGAAAAUACAAAACUUUUAUUUAUUAGCUAAUAAAUUAUUUGAAAAAGAUUUUUGCAUAUUUAAUAAUUUAGCUAAUAAUAGAAAAAACAGUAAUAAAAAGAAUAAGAAAAACAAGAUUUCUUUUAUAUAUUUAAAUGCACAUAUUAAUAAUAUUAAAAUAGAAUUAAAAAAAUAUGAUAAAUCCUUUUUCAUUUGUUUAGAUAAUGUUAUUUUAUUUUACACUAAUGAAGAUAUUAAUAUAAAAAAGGUAAAUAUAGCUAGCAAGUUACUUUCUCCUAAUUUUUCUUUUAUAAAACAAAUUAAGAAGAAAUGGGCACUUUAUAAAGAUAAUUUUAAUAUUUAUUAUAAAGCUACAAAUAUAUAUUCUUUUAUACAAUAUGGUAAGUGCUCUCAUAUUUUAAUCUUUCCUUUUUCUUUAUUUUUUUCUCUUGGAAAAUUAAGAUCAUAUAAAAUAAAAAUAGAUAUACAAUCUUUGAUUGUUGAAUUAAAUAUUUUUAUUUUAAAAAUCUUAAGAGUUAUAUUUUUUAAUGAAGAAUAUUUUCUAUUAGAUGAUAAUAAUAACUAUGAUAAGCAAGAAAAAACUAUUUUAUCAUCAAAAGAUGAAACUAUAUUAAAGUAUCCUCCUCAUAAUGAAAAAUACUUAAAAAUUUUAUAUGAUUAUAAAAAAGAAGAAAUUUUAAUGAAAAAAGAACUAAAUUUAUUAUUUGGGGCUUUAGAAGUAUUUUUUGAUAAUAUUGAAGUAACUAAUGAAAAGCAUGAAGAAGAAUUAGCUAAUUUAUCAUUUUGUCUUACAUUUAUUUUAAAGCUAUUUAACAGUGUAAAAAUAAAAUUUUCUUGUAAUAAUGUGAAUUUAUAUUUUUUUUGUUGUAACCAGUUUUUAAAUAAAAAAAGAAAAAAGAAGAAAAAAAUUUCGAAUAUUCUAAGUUUUACUAAUUAUAAAAAUGAUACAACUAACAAACAUAACAAUUAUAAUAUAGAUGUGUUCUAUUUGAAAUUAAAAUUAGAGAGUAUUAAUUUCUUUUUCUUUGUGAAUAAUAUUAAUUCAAAUGAAUCAGAUUAUUUCAUCAUUUUAAAGAAAUUAUAUAUAAGGAACAUUUUUUUAUUUUUUGAUUUUCAUUUUAAGCCCAUUUCAUUAUAUUUUGUUAUAUUUGAAGGAUUGAAAUUAUAUAAAUUCACUAAUAAAGAAAAAGAAAAAAAAAUGAUCAAAUUAAAAUAUGAUUCAAAAGCAAUAAGAAAUAAGAGAUGUAUAAAUAACAUUAAAAAUAAUGAAGAAUUUGCACUUAUUAUAAGACAAAAAUGCCAAUUAAUAUAUAUUAAAAAAACAUAUAAAUAUAAAAUAAAAAAUAACCAUACAUUUAUAAUAUAUGUUGAUAAAUUAAAUAUAUAUAUUUUUGAUUUUUUUGUUAAUUUACUAUACUAUCUUUAUUCCUCAAAAAUAAGAAACGAAGUAAGAAGAAAAAAUAAAAAAGGAUCCACUUUUAAUAAUGGCAUUGCUAAUUUAAAUAAUUUAGAUUUUCAUUCAUUAUCAAGAAACCUGUUAGAAAUAAUUAAAAAUAUUAAUGUAUUUUAUCAUAUAAUAAUAAAAAAUGUUUAUAAGUAUAAAUUAUAUUUUAUCACAAAAAAUAUAAACUUUUACUUUAUUUUUAAUGAUAGCAUUAAACCAUUUGAUGAUACUUAUAUUUUCGAUUUUGUUAAUAAGCAUUUCAAAAUACAAAUAGAUUAUCUUAUUGUGAAAUGGAAGAAUAAUUUUGUAAAAAUAACAAAAAGGAAGCUGCAUAAGUUUCCUGAAAAAGAAAGAGAAGAAAGAAAUAUAAAUACUAACAAUAUCUUAGAUAUAAAAAAAAAGAAUAAAGAAGAUUCUUCAAAUUUAAAAAAAAAAAAUAUAGAAAAAAAAAAAAAAAUAGAAUAUACUAUUUUAAGGAAUAUGAAUCAACACAUAAAAAAGUAUUCCUAUAUUUCUAAAUUUUUUUUAAAUAUUUAUUAUAAUUGUUUAUCAAUUAUUAAAUAUGAAAUUAAAAAUGAAGUAAAUAGAGAAAGAAAAAGUUCAAAUUUUUCAAAUAAAUUUAUAUUUCAUAAAAGUAUGCAUAGUAAUAAUAAUGUUAAUUUUAAUUAUAAUUAUAAUGAAACUACAUUUAUGUUAAAAAAUAAUAGACAUAUAAGCAAAUAUGCUAUCAAUUUAAAGGAGGAAAAUAAAGAAUGUAACUAUAUUGUACAUAAAAAUAAGAACAACUAUAAAAAGAAAGAAGUUAUAUUGAUAAAAAUGGAAAAAACAAAUAUCAUUAUCUAUGAUAUAUAUAACAUGCUAUUACAUUUAAAUUCUAGCAAGAUUAAAAUAUGCAGUUAUUUAAAUUUUAUAAAUUCCUUAAAUUAUUAUAUGAAAUUAUUAUUAAAAACAUUCCAUAGUGCUUUUUUUAAAAAAAACUUUGCAUUCAGUGAAAUAAGUAGAGAGAAUAAUGAGGUUGAUAAAAUUAUAAAUUUUCUACAAAACAAGAAAAAAUAUUCAGAUAAAAUAUGUAAAAAAAGAAAUUAUCAAAAUGAAUUAAGUUGUAAUAGAUGGAAUAAUUUUUUUUUUUAUGUAUGUAAUAUUAAAAAAAUAUAUUUUAAUUUAAAUAGUAUUAAUUGGAAGCUUAUUUUAUCAAAUGCAAGGGGGGGAAAAAAAAAAAAAAAGACAUUAUGUCUGAAAGUUAAAAAUCUAACAUCCAUUUUCUUGAGAAAUGGUACUAUACUAGAUAAAAAAAUGUUUCAAUUCAUUUACUCUUUUUACAACAAAAUUUAUUGUGUUAAUCUAUAUAUAAAAAGUAAAAAAGAUAAAGACAAAUUUCUUAUAUUUCAUUCGAAUUAUAUAAAUCUUAUUAAUCAAAUAAAAUUUAAUGUGAAUAUGAAUAUGUAUAAAAUUAAUUUCUUUAAGUUUGUUAAAAAGAAUAAGAAAAAAUCAAAAAUAUUAAGAAAAAAAUUAGUGUUAAAUUUAGGAAUUUGUUAUAUACAUAAAUCUUAUUACAAAAAAAAAAUCAACUUUUUUUUUAAAAUAUUAAAUAAUAUAAAAAAAAAGGCAUAUUAUAUAAAUCAGACUCUUCCUAUAUUUAAACACAAGGAAUACUUUAAUAAAUUUGAUAUAAAAACAGUAAUAAAGUCAUAUAAUAAUAAGAAAAAAAAAACAAGUAAAAAUAAUUCAAGUUUUUAUAUUUUUUUAAAUGAACAGAGCAUUAUACCAUUGAUAGAUUUUUAUUAUCAUAUUAUCGAACUAAAGAAUAAAAUACAAUUAAUUUUUAGUAAUUACGAUAAUAAUAAAAAAAAUGAACAGAAAAAAAGAAAUAAUAAUAAUAACAGUAACAACUUUACUACCAUACGUAAAUUAAAUAUAAAUAACAUUAAAAAAGGGAAAUAUUUAGGAAAAGUAGAAAAAGGGAAUAGAAAUAAUAAUUUAAAAUUAAAUUCUUAUUUACAUCAUAAGUUUUUUUACAAACAUAUGCAAAUAUAUAAUAAGACAUACAAUAAUAAAUUUAAUUGCAUCUUAGAUAUAUUAAUAAAUUCUUUUAAUUAUAUAAAAUUUAAAAUGAGAAAUAUUUUUCUAUUUUUUUAUACAAACAAUAUGAAUGUAUUUAUUGGUACUUUUAUAAAAAAUUUAAAUGGUGCAUUAUUUGAAAAUGGAUUUAUAAAAACAAGUAAUAUGACAUUAUAUAAUUUAAAAUAUAUUCACGAAUUAAAAGAAGCAAUCGUUUUCAGUAAUAAUAAUUAUUUUAAUAGUAAAAAAAAUCUAUAUAUUUUUGAAAUAUAUAAUAGUUUAAAAAAAAAAAAUGAUUUAAUUUAUUUAUACCCCUUAUUUUUUUUAUUUAAAAAACAAAAUAUAAAUUUAAAUUUUGCCAAUUUAAAAAAAAGAAUAAAGAGCAUUUCUACUGUUAGCUCCAAGAUAAAUUCAAAUGAGAAACAUAUGAAUUAUAAUCAGAUGAAGUUAUUAUAUAAACAAAGGAAUAAAAAUAAGUUAAAAUAUAUUAAAGAAAAAAGUAAUUAUUCUGUAAAAAAAUUGAAUAAUAAAAAUAGAAAUAGUGCUUACAACAUUAAUUCAAAGCAUCUUUUUAAUAGUAAGAAUAUUAGUAGUAUUAUUUUUAAAAGUUUUUUGAAAGAUAAUAAACAAUUAUAUAAAGAAUACUAUAACUAUGUAAAAUAUAAUGAAAAUAGCUUUAUUAAAGUUAAAAAUGAAAUAUUUUUAAAAAAAAAUUAUAAUUUUUUAGAGAAAAAUAUGAUGUUUUGUAAAUUAAAUUAUAUAGCAGAAAAAAAGGAUGUGCAUAAGGAAAGAAGUUUAAAAAGAAAAAAUAGAGGAAUUGUACAUAUAAAUAUUAAAUAUGUUAUAAAAAAAGAAAAGAAACCCUUUUUAAAUAUAUUAUUAAAAUAUAUUUUCAAAAAUAUUUUUAUUUAUUUUCCAUUAAAUACAAUAGUUGAGUUAAAUAAAAUAUUAAGUUCUUCAAAAGUUUUUAAAUACAUUCAUAUAUCAACACCUAAUGUACAAAAAAAAGAAAAAAAAAUUUUAAAAAAAAAAAAACAACCUAUUUUUUAUCAUUUUAAAAUUCUUUUCAAAAACACAAAUUUUCAUAUAUUAUCUCCGUCAACCUACCUGAUGAAUGAUAUAAAAGAAAGUGAAUUAAUUGUUAAUGAAAUGAAUAUAAUAGAAAAUGUAAAAAAAUGCAAAGGCAACUACUAUAAUCAUAAUGAUAUGAAUAAAUUAAAAUAUAAUGAAAUAAAUGGUAGUGAACAAGGUACAAAUGAUAUAUCUUUUAAUGAAAUUAAAAAAAAGAAAUAUAUAUAUUUAAAUGAAGAUAGAAAAAAAUAUUAUAGCACUUAUACAGUAGAUAAAAAGAAAGAAAUAGAUAAAAGGAAUGUAUAUUUACUAAAAAAAAAAAAAGUUCAACAUAAAAAUGAAAAAGAAAGAAUAUUUUUAUUUGAUCUAAUUAUAAGCACUAACUUGAAAAUUGAUAUAGAAAAAAAAGUUCAAAUAAAAUUGAUGAAGUCUCAUAAUGAAAAAGAAGAAAAAAAAAAAAAAAAGUAUCUGUAUAUGCAUAAAAUGAAUUUUAAUGCAUCAUUAAAACAAUUGAAGAUUAGUAGUGGUCUACUCUAUACUUAUAUAAGCUUACAUUAUAUAAUAAAUAUUAUUAGGUUAGAAAGAAUUGUAAAUAUUUCAAACAUUUAUAAAAAUUCCAAAUUUUAUUUAAAUUUAGUAAAUAUUUAUAAGUUUAAAUUAUUAAGAAAUAUUAAUCAAUUAAAAAAUUUAAAUGAAAAAAAGAUAAAUAAAAUAAACUUUAUUUCCUUGAAAGAAUAUUGUAUAUAUAGUAUUAGCGAAGUAGUAAAUGUAUUAUUUUUUUUUAACGUAGUUAAUUAUGAGUUAAAUAAAGAAGAAUAUAUUAAUUAUAAGUUAAGUAAAAGAAAUAAUAAACAAUUUCUACAUAAUAAAAAUAUUAAUAAUAAUAAUAAUAAUAAUUUCCCAUUUAGAGAAAAAUAUUUAUCAGAAGAUGAAAAAAGUUUAAUUAAUAAAAAUAGUUUUUUUAGAGGUCUAUCUUUAAACAAUAAAAAAACAAGCAAUGAUAGUUAUAGCAGUAUAUGUAAUAAUAGUAACAAUAGGAGUAUUGGAAACAACAGUAGUAAUAAUAAUAAUAAUAGUAAUUAUAGAAAGUGUGAUGAUCAUAUAAAUUAUAAUAAUGAAAUAUAUAAGAUGGAGAAAGACUUAAACUCAUUGAAAAAGUGUAAUCAAAUUAAUAGAAAAGAAAAAGAAAAAAAUAAACAUUAUAAUAAAAUAUUAAUAAAUAAAAAUUAUAUUAACGUAAUUUUAAGCAAUUUAUUUAUUUGCAUUAACAACAACGAUUUGUUAAUUCUGAAGUUUUUUAUAGAGGAUUUGAAUUAUAUAAAAAAAAAAUUAAAAGCAAAUAAAAUAUAUGCUUGCAAAUAUAAAUAUGAUAACGUAAUAAUAUCCUCAAAAUUUAAAAAGAAUGUAAAAGAAGUAAAAAAUGGAAAGAAAAAAAUUCCAAAUAAAAAAAUUAUAACAAAGAAUAAAAUUAAUGUUACUAUAGAUAUAUUAAAAGUUUUUUUUAUUACAAAAGCAUAUUUACAUGAAAUUUUUUCUCUGAAUAGUCUUAACAAUAAUUUUAAAAUAAGUAAUUCCCUUAUAAAUAAUAAGAUAAAAAAAUUUAUAAAUUUUUUAAUUUUUAAACAGAUUAAUAUAUUAUUAAUAGAUAUAAUGGAUAUUGGUAAUUUUAUUCAUAAUAAAUCAAAAAGAAUUCAGUUUGUUGAAUCAUUUGAUCUUUCUUCUUAUUAUUCUUUAAGUAAAAAAAAUAAAUUUUUUAUUUAUAUAAAAGAUGAUAUAAAUGUUAAUUUAAAUAAGAAUAUAAUUAAUUUUUUUUUUUUAUUUAAGUACAAUUUCUUUCAUAAUUAUUUUAUAUAUAAUGAAUAUAAUGUUAUCAAUCAGUUAAAUAAUCAAAAAAUUCAGACAUUAAAAGAUUUCAGAAAUUUUAUAUCAUAUCAACAAUCAUUUUUAAGAGAAUAUAUAAUAAUUAGAAAUUUUACAUUUUAUAAUUUAAAAUAUGAAUAUGAAGACAAUAUUGGUUAUAUUAAGAAAAACGAAGAAAACAUAAUAAUUUGCGAAAACUUAUUUCUAUUAAAUAUAUGUAGUGUUGAGGAUCCUAAUUUAAGAAGGAAAAUUUUUUUAAAAAAUAAAAAUAACAAUAAAAAUUAUAAUAAAAUAAAUGAAAAAAAUUAUUUUUAUGUAGAUAUUAACAUUCACGAAAAUAAAAAAUGUAUAAACAUUUAUCCUUAUUUUUUCAUUAGCCUUAUAUAUACUAAAUAUCAUAAGAAAAUGUUAACUAAUAGAAAUUCAGAUUCAAAAAAAAAUACACUUAAUUUAAAAUUAAAAUUUAUUAAGAAUAAUUUUGUUAAUACAUUUAUAAUAAAGGAAGAAAACAUGUUAUUUAGUGUUCCUUUUAAUUUUUUAAAAAAUUGUAAGUUUUUUCAAAUGAUUUUAAAAAUAAAUAAUAAGAUCUAUACAAGUAAUAAAAUUAAAUAUAAUCAUAUUUUGAAAUUGAAUAAAUAUGAAUUAAAAGAUAUUUAUGAUCAAAAGAAAAUAUUUGUUUGUUCCUUUUUCUAUUUAAUUAAAAAAACAAAGAAAUUAAAAAAUAAUAAAAAUAAUAAAUCUAAUAAUUUACUUAGGUCGAAAUAUAAUAUUAUACAGGAUAUAAUGAAGAAAGGACAUGAAGAUAAUGAAAAUGGUAGCAGUAAUAAAAUAUAUACGCUAAAUUUGAAAAAUAAUAAUGAAGAAUAUAUUGAAAACAUUGCUGAUAAAAAUAAAAACAAUAAGAAAAAUAAUUUAAAAUAUUUAGAAAAAAAAAAAUAUUCUAAAGUAUUUAGCAUUUUUAAUAUUACUAAAAAAAAUGUAAAUAUUUUAUCGAUACAGAGUUCUAUUAGAAUUAUUAAUUUAUCUCCUUUUAAUAUAAAUGUUUUACUAAAAAAAGAAAAAGGGAAUAUAAAAACAUACAGUAUUAAAAAUUUUGAUUAUAUAAAUAUUUAUGAUUUUUGCUUUUUAAAAAAUAUCAUUUUAAAUUUUAGUCUAUCUAUAUACAGACAAUGGAUAAAGUUUAUAAAAGUGAACAAUGAAAAUUAUUUUAAAGAAAAAAACGUAAAGAAGAAUUAUAUCUAUGAUAUAGAAAAUGAUGAUAGCUACACUAAAAUUAUAUUUUAUGAAAUCAUAAAAUUUAAAAACUUUUAUUUCAUUAUAUAUAUUUAUUUUUUCGAUAAUUCUUAUAAUAUAGCAUUUAUAAGCAAGUAUAAUAUAUAUAACUACACAACGAAUAUGUUACAUUAUUAUGUAAUUAAUGAAGAGAAAAAUAACUUAAAUGAUUUAAAUUUUGAGUGUGAAAUUAAAAAACAUGCGUUGAAAGAAAAAUAUACUAAUUACAAAGAAAGUUUAUUUAUGUUACAUCCACUUUUAGAUAAUAAAAUUACUUUGGAAAACGAUUUUAUUAAGAUAAUUAAAAAAACAAAUAAUAAGGAAGAGAAGGAAAAUAUGAAUUACAUUAAAAAUUAUUGUUUUAAUCAUAGAUUUAAUCUAAACAGUAUAAAAUCAACGAAUACAGAUUCAAUUUCAUAUGAUACUAAUAGUUCUUAUACAAAAGUUAUAUUAUUAAACGACGAAUAUAUAACUAUAAAUGUUAAAACUUUUAAUUUUCAUUCAUUUACUUUGUCUUUUAUCUAUUUUUAUCCUUAUAUUGUUUUAGUUAACUUAACAAAAUACGAUUUUGAUAUAAAAAUGAAAAAUUACAGCGUAUUAGAAAAACUCUAUCAGAAUAACAAAAAAAAAAAAGAAAAAAAAAAUUCUAAAUAUCAAGCAAACUAUUGUUAUGAUACAUACGAAACUAAUGAAAGUGAAGUGUUAAAUUUUAGUGAAUAUACUCAAUUUUCUUUAUCUAAUGAAGAACAAAUAUUUAAUGAUAACGAAAAGAAUACAACAAAAGAAAAUAAAAAUAAAGAUAAAAAAAAUAAGAAAAAGAAUAAGAAUAAAUUAAAUUAUUUUUAUGAUGAAGAAUUUAAAUCAAACAAUAAUGGAGAUAACUUACAUAUUUUGAGAAGUAUGCAUAUGCAAGAAUUAAAAAUAAAAAAUAAAAGCAUGUGGGAUUUUUUGAGUUUGAAGAUUAAAAAAAAAGAGAAAGAGAAAGAAAAAAAUGCGAUAAUUAAUUUUGAAUCUGCUAUGAAAAUACUGAAAAAAAAUCCUAGUUAUAAAACAGAUAUCACGAUUUAUAAAAAAAAAAAUAUUAGAUGCAAAUACAUGAAAAUACAUAAAAAUAUGAACAAAUAUUUUUAUUUACAUAAAUAUAUUAAAUUUACAAAAAAAAAUAAUAAAAACUUAAUUGUUAUUAAACAAAGGUUAUUUUAUAUUACCUCUUUAAAAAAAGAAAAAACUCAUUAUAUAUUUAUAAAGAAAAUUCCAUUUGCAACUGAUUUUAUGUAUUCUCUAGAAUAUGAUAAAAAUAUUUUAUCCAUUGAAAAUAUUUCAAAAAAUAACUUUCAUGAUGUCAAAAAAAAUUUUUUAUUAAAUACAUAUACCAAGCAAAAAGAUAAUCUAGAAGGAGAAAAAAAAUGUAACAUUAAAAAAGAAAUAAGAAUUAAUGAAAAAGAUAACGAUACUUAUUAUAAUAAGAAAAAUGAAAAUGAUGAUAUAUUAAAAAAAAAAUGUAAUAAAAAAAAUUCAAAUAAGACAAAAAAAAAAGAAAAAAUAUAUCAAAAGAAGGAACAAUUACGUGUAGAAAAAUUUGAAUAUUUAUUGGAUACACAUAAUACAUUAAAAAAAAUGAGUAGAAAUUUACAACUUUUUGUUAACAAUAAUAUUUAUAAUGACAUUUUAAAUAAAUAUAAGGAAUUAAUUAAUAAAGAAACUAUUAAAAAAGGAAAAAUUUUUAUUUUUAAUAAUUUAGGAAUCCCUUUUUUUGUGAGUUCAGAGAAAAGUAAUUAUCUUUUUUUUAUUAACACUAAAUAUGUAUAUUUUAAAGAAAAAAAGCAUUUUUAUUUUUAUUUUCCGAAGUUUAUUUUAUUAAAUAAAAAAUUGAAAUUAUUAUUUAAGGUAAAUGAUAGCAUACAAAAAUAUUAUUCAAUCAGAAAUUACAUUCAUUUAAUUAAAAGUAAAGAAAUUAUUCAAAAUUUCCAUAUUUUGAAAGUAAGUUUAAUUUAUAAUAUUGUAUCUUCAUUUUAUUUUUAUUCUUUUGUAUUAAAAAAGAAAAGAAUUAAAGACAACAUAAAUUUAAAAAAAAAGGUAGAUUUAAAUCAUAGUGAGAAAAAUAUUUCAUCAUAUAACACGAAAGGAGAAGAAAUGACUACAUUUAAUGAGUAUGAAAUAAUAUAUUAUGAACUUUAUUUGAUUAAAUUUCAUUGUGAUAUUAUUUUAAAUAAAAAUAAUGAAAUUAAUAUAAUUAUUAAUGGAUUAAAAGAAUAUAACUUUUUAAAAAAUAUCUUAUCACUUGACUAUUUUUUCCAUUUUUUAAAAAAUAAAGUGAUGAUAAAAGAUUUAAAGGAUUCAUCAGAAAAUUAUUUAUUACACAAUAAAAAAAAAAUUCCUAAAAUUAUUUAUACAAAUAAUCUAUAUGGGCUAUGUAAAAAUGAUUUAAUGAAUAUUAAAAUAUAUAUUAAAAGUUUAAAUUUAUUAUUUAAUUUUGAAGGUAUUUCUAACAAUUCAAGUGCCAUAGAAAAUAUUCAACAAAAAAUUAAUUUAAGCAAAAUAUAUUUAAAUCUUUACACUUUUCAAUAUUUUAAUAAUAAAACAUUAAUAAAUAAAAAAAAGUGCGUACAAUUUUAUGAAGAAAUUUCUCCUAAGAAAAAGCCGUAUAUGAAGCAUAUGGUUUUCUCAUUAAAAAAAAAUAAAAAGAGAAAAGAAACAUUUUAUUUACAUAAUAUAAAAUCUUUUAAAAAAAACAGAAAAAAUAUGAUAAAGGAUAAUAUAGAUAAUAUUGAUACGAAAAAUCCUGAAUUAAAUUUUAUUCCUUAUAGAAAGUUAAGUGCAUUGAAUGAAGACCCAUAUAAUGAAUUAUUAGAUAAAAGCGAUAAUGAUAAUAUAAUAAAUGAAUGCAAUAAUACUUUUUUAUCAAAGAAUACUAUUAAUAAUUUAUACAAUCUCUUUAAAAAUAAUAUUUAUUGUCAUUAUUAUUCUCACAUAUUUAGUGGAUACAUGAAAAACAUUAAGUUAUAUGAGCAUCUAUUUAAUUUAUUAAGGAGUAGAAUAUUGAGUAUUUGUAUAAACUAUUCUGAUUUUUAUAAAAAAAUUUCUAUUCUGAUAGAAAAUAUGAGUAUAACAAAAAUUAAUCUAUAUGAUAAGAAAGAAUUUGAGUAUAAAUAUACUAUUUUAACUAAAUAUAAUAACAAUAAUGAUUUCAUAAAUAUUAAUAUUGAUUUAUAUAAACAAAGAAUAAUGAAAUAUAAGCAUAUUUAUAAUACAUUAAAUAUUCUUCAUACGUGUACUCAUAUAAAUAAAAUUACAAAAAAAAAAAAAAAGAUAAUAAAUAAUCAUAAAUAUAUUACAAGUGAAAAAAAAAAAAGAGAAAACAACAUAUUAUUAGCAAGUAAUAAUAUAUAUAUUAAUUCAAACAAUAUUUCAAGAAAUUAUGAAAAUGCUAUAUUAUAUAAUGCCUAUUAUUUUUAUAAAAAAAAAAAAAAUAAAAUAAAUAAUAAUAAUGAUAUAAAUAAUUUUAAAAAUUACAAGAUUAAUAAUCUUGUAAAUUUCAUAGAAAAUAUUAAAAACAAAAAAUUCCAAAAACAAAAAAAAGAAAUCAUAAAAAACUUAUCUAUAGAAAUAGCCAGUUUAAUGUUAACAUUAGAUUAUAAUUAUUUUAUUAAUAUAAUACCCUUUUUUUAUGAUUACUUUUGUAAAAAAUUAAAUUAUUAUAAUAUGAUUGAUAAUUUAAAAUGCCAAGAAAAAAGAAAUCUAAACAUAUAUUAUGACUUGCUUAAAAUUGUAGAAAAAAAUAAAUAUGAAGAAAUAAAAAAUUUAAAGGUGCUUGAGAGCUACUGUUUAACAAAAAAUUUAACAGUAAAUACUCAAAUAAGGGAAAACAAAUUCUUAUUAUACAUUUAUGAUAUUGAUAUAAAGAAAACAAAAAUAUAUAUAAAUGUCAAUUACUUGUUAAAAUUAUUUUUAACAAAAAAUUUUUUAAUGAAUAUAUCAGCUAUCAAAAUUAAUAAUAAAAAAAAAAAAAAUAUAAAACAUAUAUUAAAAAAGAUCAAAAAGAUUUAUUUUUAUAAUUAUAUUAGUAUUUUUUUCUAUCUCCUUAAAAAUUUAAAUAUAUCAGAACACACUUCAUAUACAAUGCAUAAUUUUCUAAGUUUACUGGAAAAGUUUCUUAAAAACAACUUACAACUUUCACCCUUACAGAAUUUAUAUAGUUUUGUAGUAACAUUAAAAUAUAAAUGUGAACACAAGCUUGAUAACAAAAAUAAAGCAAAAAUAAACAAAGAUAAUUAUUCUAUAAAUAAAAACAUCAGUACUUUUUUUAACACAGAAAACAAUGCUCUUUUAUUUUCUUCUAAGUUUUAUUCUGAUGAAAAAAAUAAAAAUAAAUAUUUAAAAAAUUUUUUUUCAUUAAAUUAUCCAAGCUUCCUUUCAAAACAAUUGUUUAUUAAUUCUGGUAUAAAAGAAAAUGAACAAGAAAAAUAUGAAUUUAAUGUUAUGAAGCAGAUAUUAGAUACAAAUAAUAAAUCAGACAAUACAAACAUUUAUAAUGAAAAUAUUUUUAGUAAAAGCAUUUCUCAAAUAAAUAAAAAUCAAAAGGAAAUAGAACAUAACAAAUUAUCAAAUAAUCAAGAAAAUAUAAAAAUUAGUAAAAAGAGAGUAAGUUUAUUAAAGAAGUAUAAAAAAAAGAAAAAAUCAAAAAAAAAUCAAAAUCAAAAAAGUAAUGCUCCCCAAAUAACACGCAUAUCUUUUACACAUAAUCUGAACAUAAAGGGACAGUGA